CAAGAAACAAAGAUAGAAAAAAAAAUGUCAUCUUCUUCUUCCCUAACGCAGAGAAACCCAACUAUUUCGCAAGAGCCUGAAGAGUCUCCUCCACAGCUAACGAGACAACGUUCGAUAUCACAACAUGCCAUGUCACAAACACUAACAUCAGUUGCAAACUUAGCCAAUCUCCUUCCGACAGGAACACUCUUAGCUUUCCAGUUCCUCAUCCCUAUCUUCACAUCAAACGGUUCAUGCGAAUACUCCACGCGCGUUUUAACCGCAGGGCUCUUAACGCUCCUCUCCAUCUCAUGCUUCCUCAGCUCGUUCACGGACAGCGUCAAGGCUGAAGACGGUAACGUCUACUACGGGUUUGCAACUCGUAAAGGUAUGUGGGUUUUUGACUACCCUGACCCGUCCGGUUCGGGUUUACCUGAUCUAAGCAAAUACAGGAUCCGGUUCGUUGACUGGAUACACGCAGUUUUGUCUGUGCUUGUGUUUGGUGCGGUGGCUUUGAGAGAGAAGAAUGCUGUGAGCUGUUUUUAUCCAGCGCCUGAGCAAGGGACCAAGAAGGUUUUGGAUAUUGUUCCGAUGGGUGUUGGUGUUAUCUGCGGUUUGUUAUUUUUGGUUUUCCCGGCGAGAAGACACGGUAUUGGGUAUCCCGUCACCGGAAACGGACGUCGCCGUUAG